AUGCCCAAACGAAAGCGCUCUUCACCCGCUCCCGCGAUCGAGUCGGUUUCCAGAUCAACACCUGCCAAAUGCGCCAAAAUCUGUGAGAAGCGUCUCGCUGAUGCGGAAAAGCCUUUGCUUCAAGCACUGCGCCAUGCCUCCAUGCUCGAGCGCCAGAAGCACAGUCGCAGAAAGAAAUACGCGGUGAAUAAGAACCAAACCAAUACCAUUCAUCGCCUGAACUCUGAGUAUGAAACUCUAAAGGCGCUCAACUUGGAACAAGUGGGUGAUCAACAUUUGCGCAAGACGCUCGCAAGGGUCAAGAGCUUGAAGGAUGCCGAGCCGUUACAGGAAUACAUUGCGGGGAUACGAGAGGGAAAUAAGGAUGCGAACACGCUUAAUGUUACGGCACGGCUUUUCAAGGUCAAGCAGGUGAAGAAUGUGGUAGACCGUGUGGUCGAGGAUUUGAAGGGCAUACUUGGAGUCGCCAAGGGCAAGGAAGAUGCGAAGGAAGAAGCUGGUGGAAAGAAGGCGCAAGAGAACAAAGUGUCGAAAGACAAGGAGACUGUGAAGAAGGAGGAUGUUGAUAUGAAGGACCCGAGCGACGAAGGAGAUGAUCCAUACAUGGCGUUCAGCGCACGGAUAGCAGAGCCUUCGUCAGGCGAAGACGAGAGUGAAGCUUCUGUGACAGACGACGAGCGGCCUCCAAGUAUCGUGGACAGCGACAGCGAACACGAUCCUGAUUCUGACCUCGACGCUGACAGUGAGAGCGAAAGUGAAGAGUUGGGUGAGGUUGAGGAAGUCAACGGCGCGAGCGGUGCGAACGACGAAUUACUAUCGAAUGAGGACUCUGAGAAUUCAGACUCUGACUCCGACUCAGCCGCCAUACCCACCAAAAAGAUCAAGACCAAGGUCAUUGAAGAGAAGCCAACGACCUCUGCAUUCAUUCCCGCCCUCAGCCAUGCCGCCUACUUCUCUGGCUCUGAAUCAGAAGCCUCAGACCUUGAUGUGGACGUUGCCCCACGAAAGAAUCGCCGGGGCCAACGCGCCCGUCAAAAAAUUGCAGAACUCAAAUACGGACAAAAAGCAAAACAUCUCGAAAAGGCACAGCGCAGUGCCACCUUCGAUCCUAAGCGCGGCGCAGUGAGCGGUACGGACAAGCGUCAAAGACGAGGAAAGCCACUCGGCCGUGGACCGCAGCAGAGUGGAGGUAAUGCAGAGCCUUUGGGCGAGAGAAGCGACAAAAAGGAUAGGAAGAUUGGCGUUGGCGCGAAGAGGGAUGACAAGGGCGAGCUGCAUCCUUCCUGGCAGGCAGCCAAGAUGGCCAAGGAGAGCAAGAAGCUCAAGAUCGAUCUUAGCGGGGCCAAGCCGGCAGGAAAGAAGGUUGUUUUCGAUUGA